CGUUGUCGCCACAAUUGUCACUCCCGGGCUUGGGGAGUGGCAACAUCCAGACCUUCUCUGGUGCAGGGCUUGUGGUGGCUGGCUCAGCUGUUCAUGUGUGUUUCUGCUGUGGGUUAGCUUUGGAUCGUGUUUUUGGCAGGGCUUGAGAGUCUUUUAAGGGCUCCCAGAAGAGCGUCUCGAACACGGCACGCUGUGUGUGCCUGAUGGGAACCUGAAAGUUGAAUGUCAUGAUAGAAGUCAUUAGAAACUCAUGCCUUGUUUUUUGUUUCCAUCAACAAGAUGGACUCGGGUUUCUGGUGUUGUGGAGCCGUUGGGAACAGUUGAAAAAGCCUAAUUUCAGCAACUUCAGCUGGAAGCUUUCGUUUAUCACAACUUCCUCCAACUCCCAGGCUCUGCCUGUGUUAGCAGUAAUAGCAAGGGUGCAAGGAUCUCAUAUCACUUUGCCAGCAUUUAAGAGUUACAACACCCCUCAUGAGUUACAGGCUGUACUUGUGCAUGUGGGAAAGCUGAAACAUGGAGGAGUUUGUUGUCUGAUGUUGUGCAGCAAACAAUCUUCAGGUUUGGGAGCAGAGCUUUGCACACUGUUGGUUUUUAAGCUUUUGCUUUAACCACUGAAUAGAUGGUUUCCCACUAGGUAGUUCCUCAGGCAAUGCUGUGAACUUGCCUUAAAGCUGAUUGGAAGUUUCCACCAAGGUUCUCAAGUCUCCCAUCAGAUGCUUUUCUCACUCUGUGGCGCCACUGUUUUACUUCCAGAAUGAGGAAUGGCUUUAAAUUUCUUUUUCUCUUAAGUUGCUUUGCCUGAACUCCUCUUUCCCUCCCUCUGGCUAUGGCUUCUGGAUGGAUUUAAGGUUCUGCUGAGCCUGAAUGAUGGUAUAUUGCUCUGAUGCUUUUCUGGAGCUGGGAGGCCCAAAAACUGCAGCCUGUUUUUAUCACCACACGUACAUUCUGCUGUCCUAUCUCUUCUCUUGCUGACAACCCCUUUCAUCAUCAGCCCUGCACACAAACAAGGUUAUCCCCAGUUCAGAUCACAUUAGUGUAGUUCUGCUUCCAUUACUUUUCACUGUGAGUCUGUUUUUUGGGAGUGUGUGUGUGUAGGGUGGGCACUGAACAAUUUAAAUCUCAAAGGAGUCUUUAUUUCAUUAAGGGAAGGGCCCAAGCCAAGGGAUUCUUUAGCCACAGUGGUUGUUUAAAGCUUGAUCCUUGUAGUUUCCACAUAACCAGAACACAUCCAUGGAAGGUGGGAAAAUCCAUGGUUCUCCAGGGACAUCUUGAUGCACAGAAGUUGCUGAUUUUUGUUAAUUAAUUGCUGCUUUUUGUCAGCACCUCUGGUAGGGAAGGGGAUGCUCUGUAGUGUCUCAGAGGCCUGAAGAGUUAGGUGUGGGCAUUUUCAUCCCUUGCCAGGGACAGUUCAUGGUACAGCUAAAUCCAUCUAAAGGUUUGUGUAAGUAAAAUUCAGAUUAAUCAGGGGCUUAGCAAUAUCUAAGAAAAGGCAUUGUCAAAGCAACAUAACUGUGUGUCUGGUAUGUAGAGUUGGAUGAACAAUGAGCUGCUGUUGAAAGAAUGAGUGAAUCAGUGCAGGCAACUGUGUGGCAGAAUGGGAGAGAUCAAUGUACAAAAUUGAAGCUGAUAAUAUGAAAAAAAUUAUUUUUAUAUUUGGUAGGGGUAGAAGUCAUACGGUGGUAAACCGAUUUAAGGAAAUUCAAAUAUUCUAAACUAGGGUUUGAGGAAGAUAAAAAGCCAGGCUCUUGAUUUUAGGGGUUGUUCAGUGCUUGGAUUGUUUUCCACACUUUUCUAAGGGGUCCUCAGUGUUUUCCUGCCUAGUUCACGACCUGAGUUUGGCCCUUGGGGGUGUGUUGAAGGAGGAACCAGAGGCAGAGCUGUGGUGCAGCCGGGUCUGUACUGAAGGCUCCUGUCCCAGGAACUGAAGGAGAGCAGAGAUGCCCGAUGGCACAGCUGAGACUCGGUCCUGUUUUACAGGAGGCUGCUGGAAGCUGUGAUGGAACAUCUGUGGGCACCAGAGCAGAGUCUGACCUGCUGCACCAAGGGGAAGCAGCUCCAGCGUGGUUCUGCUGUGUGAUGAAGUGACUGGCCCUGGGUACUGGAACUGAGCUCUGGAAAAACAAAGUGGAGCUUGGAGCAUGUGGCCUGGGGAUUGCCUUACACAGCCAGGGGUGGUAGCUAAGCAGUGAGCAGGAUGCCCCCAGGCAUUUACUGCCCUACGGAAUUCUGGUCCAAGGGGGAAAACCAAAACAUCCAGGUGGACUUUUUGCUGCCCACAGGCAUAUACUUAAACCUCUCAGUGCCCUGCAAUGCCAGCCUGGGCACCAUCAAGCAGGUGCUCUGGAAGCACGCGCAGUAUGAGCCGCUGUUCCACAUGCUCAGCGACCCCGAGGCCUACGUGUUCACCUGCAUCAACCAGACGGCCGAGCAGCAGGAGCUGGAGGACGAGCAGCGCCGCCUCUGCGACAUCCAGCCCUUCCUGCCCGUGCUGCGCCUCGUGGCUCGCGAGGGCGACCGGGCCAAGAAGGUCAUCAACUCCCAGAUCAGCCUGCUCAUCGGCAAAGGUUUGCACGAGUUUGACUCUGUGCAGGACCCGGAGGUGAGCGAUUUCCGCACCAAGAUGUGCCAGUUCUGCGAGGAGAAAGCAGCGAAGCGGCAGCAGCUCAGCUGGGCAGCGUGGAUGGAGUACAACUUCCCCCUGCAGCUGGAGCCCGUGGCCAAGGGCCUCGGUGUUGGCUCUCUGCAAAUCCCCACCAAGAAUAUUUUUGUCAACAUCAAGUUCCAGUCUGGCGGGGAGAGCUUCACCUUCCAGAUCUCCCCCUGGGAGUUCCCCAUCACCUUAAUGAGCUAUGCCAUUAAGAAACAGGCCACUGUGUUCCGCCACGAGACCGUGCAGAAGCCAGAGGACUACACCCUGCAGGUGAAUGGGAAAUGUGAAUAUCUCUAUGGGAACUACCCCCUGUACCAGUUCCAGCACAUCCGCAGCUGCCUGCAGCGGGGCCGGACCCCGCACCUGACCAUGGUGCACUCCUCUGCCAUCAUUGCCAUGAGGGACGAGCAGACCAACGGCAUCACCAGCCCCCCAAAGGCGGCCCCCAAGCCCCCCCCGCUCCCCAAGAAGAAGCCAAACUACGGCUCUCUCUGGUCCUUAGAGCAGCCUUUCUACAUCGAGCUGGUGCAAGGCAGCAAGGUCAAUGCAGAUGAGAGGAUGAAGCUGGUGGUGCAGGCAGGGCUGUUCCACGGCACUGAGAUGCUGUGCAAGACUGUGUCGAGCUCGGAGGUGAGCGUGUGCUCGGAGCCGGUGUGGAGGCAGCGCCUGGACUUCGACAUCAGCGUCUGCGACCUGCCCCGCAUGGCGCGGCUCUGCCUCGCCCUCUACGCCGUCGUCGAGAAGGCCAAGAAGGCUCGUUCCACCAAGAAGAAGUCCAAGAAAGCUGACUGUCCCAUCGCCUGGGUCAACGUGAUGCUCUUCGACUACAAGGACCAGCUGAAAACAGGGGAGUGCUGCCUGCACAUGUGGUCCUCCUUCCCAGAUGAGAAAGGGGAACUUCUGAACCCCAUGGGCACAGUGCAGUGCAACCCCAACACGGAGAGUGCAGCAGCCUUGGUCAUCUGCUUCCCCAGCGUGGCAGCACAUCCUGUGUACUACCCAUCCUUCGAGCAGCUGCUGGAGUUGGGAAGGAAUGGAGAGCAGCCCCGAGCUGCACCAGAGGAUUCUGAGGAGAAGCUGCAGCUGAGGGAGAUCCUGGAGCGGAGGAGCCACACGGAGCUGUACGAGCACGAGAAGGACCUGGUGUGGAAGAUGCGGUACGACAUCCGCGACCAGUACCCGCAGGCCCUGGCCAAGCUGCUCGUCAUCACCAAGUGGAACAAGCACGAGGAUGUUGCCCAGAUGAUUUCCCUGCUUCAGACCUGGCCAGAGCUGCCUGUCCUGAAUGCCUUGGAGCUGCUGGAUUUCAGCUUUCCUGACCGUUACGUUGGUUCCUUUGCUGUCAACUCCCUGAAGAAGCUGACGGAUGAUGAUGUGUUCCAAUACCUGCUGCAGCUUGUCCAGGUGCUCAAGUAUGAAUCCUACCUAGACUGUGAAUUAACCAAGUUCCUGCUGGAAAGGGCAUUAUCCAACCGCAAGAUCGGCCACUUCCUCUUCUGGCAUCUGAGGUCGGAGAUGCACGUGCCCGCCGUGGCCCUGAGGUUUGGGCUGAUCCUGGAAGCGUACUGCCGGGGCAGCACCCACCACAUGAAGGUGCUGAUGAAGCAGGGAGAAGCACUGAACAAGAUGAAAGCUCUGAAUGACUUUGUGAAAGUGAGUUCUCAGAAGGCCACCAAGCCUCAAACCAAGGAGAUGAUGCAUAUGUGCAUGAAGCAGGAAACCUACAGGGAAGCCCUUUCCCACCUCCAGAACCCCCUGAACCCCAACAUUAUCCUCGCUGAAGUUUGUGUGGAUCAGUGCACCUUUAUGGACUCCAAAAUGAAACCUUUGUGGAUUGUGUUUAAUAAUGAAGAGACAGGUGGAGGAGGCGUGGGUAUAAUUUUUAAAAAUGGAGAUGAUCUGCGCCAGGACAUGCUGACCCUGCAGAUGAUCCAGCUGAUGGACAUCCUGUGGAAGCAGGAGGGCCUGGACCUGAGGAUGACCCCUUAUGGCUGCCUCUCCACAGGAGACAAGACGGGGCUGAUUGAGGUGGUCAUGCACUCGGACACCAUCGCCAACAUCCAGCUCAACAAGAGCAACAUGGUGGCCACGGCUGCCUUCAACAAGGACGCUCUGCUGAACUGGCUCAAGUCCAAGAACCCGGGAGACGCCUUGGACCAAGCCAUCGAGGAGUUCACCCUGUCCUGUGCUGGGUACUGCGUGGCCACCUACGUGCUGGGCAUUGGGGACCGGCACAGCGACAACAUCAUGGUCCGGGAGACGGGGCAGCUGUUCCAUAUUGAUUUUGGUCACUUUUUGGGGAACUUCAAGACUAAAUUUGGUAUUAAUAGAGAACGAGUCCCUUUCAUCUUAACCUAUGACUUUGUGCAUGUCAUCCAGCAAGGAAAAACUAACAACAACGAGAAGUUUGAAAGGUUCAGGGGUUACUGUGAAAGGGCCUACAUGAUCCUGCGGCGCCACGGGCUCCUCUUCCUGCACCUCUUUGCACUGAUGAAGGCUGCUGGGCUGCCUGAGCUCAGCUGCUCCAAAGACAUCCAGUACCUAAAGGACUCCCUGGCCCUUGGGAAAACCGAUGAGGAGGCACUGAAGCACUUCAGAGUGAAGUUCAAUGAAGCCCUGCGGGAGAGCUGGAAAACCAAAGUGAACUGGCUGGCACACAACGUAUCCAAAGACAACAGGCAGUAGAGGCAGGAGCUGCCCUGCCCAGGAGCAUGGACAGCCCCAGCACUGACAGACAGGUGCCUAAAGACUGAACAGUGGUGCAGUGUGGAAGAUCCCCCACCUCUGAUUCCCAGAGAUCGGACGUUGCUGCAUGACUGAAAAACUGUUGGCCUGUCCUCAGCCCAUCACUGUGGCUGCUGUACAUCUUUGGGGGACAAGGGAGAGACGUGAGGCAAUAAAACUACUGCAUACAGUAAAGGUAGGUAGAGGUACUGUACUCUUGAGAACUCCUUGAACUUCAAAUAAUACAUGUUUCAAUGGAAGAGCUGAGGCAGUUGUAACAGCCCUUCUGUGUGCUAAUGUCUGUAUUUCUAUUUUCUUGAAAAUUUAGCUGAGCAGAGAUUCCCCCAAUGCCUGUAGCCUAUCUUCUAGAACACCACUAUUGCAGCUUAGAGGCAUUAACUUCAGCAUGUGGUCACUCCUGCCCUGUCUCAGUGUCCACAAAGGUGGGUCAGCUCAAAGCACACCAAAGCUGACUUGGACAAGUGGUUUUACUCUGCCUUGAGACAGGAUAAAAACAUCCUCGCUGUUGUAUUGCUUUCUGUCUGCUCCAGAGGCCAAAGUGUUCUGAAACUGAGCUGGAACUCAGCCACUGCUGUCUAGAAAUGAUGGCACAAAAGCAGCUUUGAGGUGGACACUGGAUCAGGUACUUUGCUUUCCAAAGUUAGGCUUUAGUUGAGCCUCGAGUAACUCCUGCAUUUCUGCAUUUAUUUUGGUUUCAAACCUGAAAACGCUAAGAUUGCAUUUUCACAUUAAGGUACUAACUGCUUUUCAUAAAAGAUGUUAAGCUGUGAGGUCUGUUCUGUUUGGAUCUAUUCAUACAAACCCUGUUGCCUCUCAAGCACCUGUUGGUAGAAGCAGCAGUUCUGGCACAGAAGACACCUCAUUUCAAUUUAAUCUAACCCUGGGAGAGCCCCUUUUCCUCCACCUUCAGAUGAUACUGUGACUGAAGCACUCAGGCUCUAACAGCUGCUUUGGCACUAGAGGGAAAUACUGCAGGAUUUAGAGCUCUGUGCAGGCUGAUCAGUGAGUCCUGUGCCUCUGCUCCAUUUUAGAGAGUAAAUAUUGCUAUUUCCUUGCUUAUUAAACUAAUUUACAGAGCAAAAAGUAUGCAAAAAAACCUAAAAAAAACCUCUUGGGCCCUGCGCAAGGUGAGAUGCACUGAAACCACAGCCCCGAUCAGGUUCUUGUGGAAGGGAAGACACUACAGUUCCAGAGCUGCAGAAGCAAUUCUCUUGCAGUGCCAGAGCCUGGUGGUCAGGGUGCUGCAGCACUGGCCCCCUGCUCUCCUCAGUCCCUCCCAGCUCUCCCAACAAAGGCCCGGCCCUCGCACAUUUCAGAUAGUGGCUCCUGUCCUGCCCCUCACUUUGACAAGUGCAAUAAAAGGUGUAUCAGUAUCAGCUGCAAGAACUGAGCACAGAUUUACAGAGCUUGCUUAGUCUGAAAAACUUGACUUACCUAGGAGCAGUAAAAAUUCAGUGAGUCAGUGUGUGGACCUUCUUCCUUGUACACCCUGGGAGAGUAUCUUGGAUAAAUCUGACAGCUCUGUUGGGUCAGCAAAGAGCCUUUGACUCCAAAUUCACAAAGCAGCAGCUCACCUGAUGGUUCAGCAAGCUGAACUGUACUAAAGAUUGAAACUUAAAUAAUUUUCAAAAAUGUUCCAUUUCAUUACAAGUAGCUUGUCAUUUUUAUAAAUAUGCUCAGAAUGAUAGACCUAUUUCUAUUUAUUUAGAGAUGUUUCUGUCAUUAUUUUUUUUUAACUCUGUACAAACUGAUUGUGCUUAUUCUGUUGCCUUUGAAAAAGAAGUAUUUUUUUAAGCCAAACCGUGGUUCUGCAAGAAGAGAAUGUUUACAUGUUUAGCUUUUCAGUUGCAUUAGGUACAUGUUUUGUAAAUAAGAAAUAAAAUAUAUUGACAAAUUGUACACAAAUGCUGCCAAGUCCUUCUGUGCUUGAGAGCAAUGACCACUAAACUCUCCUACUCCCCCAGCAGAGGCAAAUUAACACAGUUUAUAUAAGUGGAUUCUAUUUUGUUUCACUCAGGAAAAUAAAAAAAGCAAACAACCUUUAGAACCAGAAAUUUAUUGUAGCUUAUAGACUUUCCAAACUGACCUGUUACCAAUAUACACAUCUGAAAAGUUAUACCCACAGUGGCUACAAACUGCAUCAGGACAUUACAACCCCUCAGUAUUACCAUUAAGUCAUGAUCAGUUUUGGUCUAAAAUACAGCAGCUACAGCAACAGUAUAUGGAAGGAUAAGUCUUCUACACAUUAACACAGGACAACUGUCAGACAUAAGUUAAAAGUUUCCCAGUUUACUUAAAACUAGCAGUUAAUUACCACAUAAGUAGUCAAAACCAUUUUCCCAUUUUAGAAAUCUAAAAUUUUACAUUAAAAAAAAACAAAACCAAAAAACAACCCCAAAAAACAGUAAGCUCUGGUGUGGGUUCUUUCCCUGCUGCCAGGUCCAUCUCUGUGUAAAGGCACUCCUCAGUGGGUUCCCCCAGGGCAAAGCCCCAUCAAUCCCGUAGGUGAGAGCAGGGCUGCCCUGGAAAUCCAGCUGUACAAACACGUGCUCAGCCCUGACCCUUUAUCCCUCUGGUGCUCAGCAGCCUCUGUGCCCCUCUCUGGCCCUUCCCAGUGCUCCUGGCCCUGGCCUGGCCUGGCUGUGGCACGCUGGGCUCUGCACCCACACCAGGAGCAAACGCUGGCGCUUGGCUUACCGUGCUCAGGAGGGAAUGCAGUCCCAGGCUCCUGCUACAGGCAGAACAAGUUACGCUUUAAUCCACUCCACAGAGAUCGAGCAGAAAUUCAUUAUUCACGACUCUGCAUCAGACCAAAUAAAGUUAAACAACCCUGCCUGACAGGAAAAA